GAUUGUCGUAUGCUGAGAGAUGCGGAGAGAAAAGCAGCCAUUUCAUUCUUUGGGGCUGAUUCCACAGCUGAUAUUUGUCCUUUAUCCAUGUUAAGAAAACUCGAUGAUAUGAAAUCAUCUAGAACUAAUAAAGCAAGACUUGACCAUAGUCCACACUUUUUCGAGAAGGCAGACCACCUAUUAAAAUGUUAUCAAGAACAAAAUAGUUCUUCAGUAAAUCUGGAUGCAUGGUCAAGUGAUGGUCACAUUAAUUUGUAUGAUGUGGAUGCUUAUGACCCAACAGCUAAAUCACAAGAUCCAUGGACAAAUAAUAUUUUGCGUGCUAGCUCAAAACCAAGAAUAAUACCACCUCCAAUUACUCCUCCUAGAAGUGUUAAACAUGCCGAGUUCUAUAACUGCAAAGAACGACUACAAACAGAAUUAGAAUUUACUAUACCUGGCAGAAAAGAUCAUAUUGACGAAAGUGAAUCAAUUAUGGAGAAGAAAAAUGGUUAUCAAUCUCAUAAGGAAUCCAGUGAACGAUGUUUGUCUGUUGUUCCUUCAGAUGACAAAUUAGGAGACGGUCCUCGUAUACCACCAAGAGGAAAACGUUUCACUCCAUCUUCCAUACUAUCGUCUAUUGGUAGUAUGAAAAAAACUUCAGUGGAGCAUGACAAAAGUCAAUGUCUCACAGAAAUCAGCAAGCAUUCCGAAUCUUCAUGGAUGAAAAAUGAUUAUGUAGACAAUAAUUAUUCCACUGAAAAAAUAGAUCAUGCAUUUUUCCUCAUCAUGAAAAAUUUUAUUGAAGAAGCAGUUUCAGAAAGUUUUGCUCGUUAUAAAUUAAACGAAUUAAAGAAUAAUUUAUCAAAAUAUUCUUCUACCGGUGGUACAUUGGCUGCUUUACCGUUUACAACAUCAACCACCACCACCAAUAAUCGAACACAUCAUCCAUUCAUGGUGGGUAAAUCACAAUCAACCACACACAUAGAAAUAACAACACCUAAUGGUCAUUUAAAAAAUAACAACACCAGUCAUAGCAAUAAUAUCACUAACAGUAAUAAUAAUAAUAAUAAUGUCAAUGAAACUAAAAAUCAUACAAUUCAAGAAGAUUCAAACUUGGAACAUUCAAGAAAACCGCACGAGAAAAAAGUUGAAAUCAGUGAAUUCAUACAAGAAGCCAAUCAUGUAGACAGUUCCAAACGUGAUUACUACUGUCCUCCACCAACGAUUAGAACUGAUUCGAAAUUAAUGCAAGAUGAAAAUAUAAGGAAUAAAGAAUUGGAAUGUGAAAAUUCUCGAUUAACAGCUGAAGUGGAACGAUUGAAGACACGUUUAAGAUUAUAUGAAGAACUUGCAUCCGCUAUGAAUUCGAAUAUGGCAGCAUUUCAUCCAGUCAUACCUUUAUCUUUAACUAAUUCACACGAAUCAGCCGGGGAAAAUGUUGGUUUCAAUAUGACUUCUGGAUCUACAAUGAAACGUACAAUGUCACUUAUGUCAUCGAACCCAAAUUUAACAACCAACCAAACAACAUCUUCAUCAAUAACAGUUCCUAGUGGUUUAAAAUCGGAAAACGAUCUUACACGUCAUGAACAAUUUUCUUACAAUAAUGUACCGAAAUCUUAGUUUUAAUUAAAAACCAUUUAAUCGAAAUGUUAUCAAUAAUCAAGCUUUACUAGGAAAUUUUGUAUAAUUCGAUGAAAACAAUGAGUAAUUCGUUAAAGUAUCAUCAAUUUUUCGACCCGUUCUCUUCUCAAAUUCCUAAACUAUUUCAUUAUUGAGUACAAAACUUUUGUUUUCAGCUACUACUUAACUUCAAGAAAGACGGUUUUGACGUAAAUUGCCUUUUUUACUUGACGUGUUGUUACCUUGAAUUGUUUUUAUAUUCCUUCACAUUGCUAUCUGUUGUUUGUGAACAUUCAUUUUCAGUUUUUUUUUCGAUUACAUUUUAUACUACUAAAAUCUCUAUAGUAAAAUAUACAUAUCAUGCAAAGAAAAUGCAAUUUGAUGGCUUUUCUCCACUAAAAUCAUUCAUUUUUUGUGAAUUGUUUUCUGAUUCACUUUUUGUAUGCACAAACAUAUCAUGAAGUUUCUUUUUAUCCUGUGAUUUGUUGUAAUUCUCCGAACCUUUUGAUAUUUACUACUUACGUUUUGUAGGUGCUAUUACUGCUACUCCUUCAAGUUUUUUCUAAUUGUAUACAUGAUAAUAGUACUUUAAUGUUAUCACUAAAUAAAAAAAAAGAAUAACUAUCACUUUUACUGUGGACUGUAAACUCUUACAUUUUGUUUAAUUAUGCUUUUCUGCUUUGUUUUUGUGAUCAUUAUGAUUUUUUCCUUGUUUUCUUUGUGUCUG